AGGGUGUGAAAGGAAACCCUGGAGGAGCGAAACGACCUCAUUCGGCUGGCCUGGGAAGUAAACACUUUCCUAAAAAUGAUGGACAUAGAGCACGAGGCUUUCUGCAAGCUCCGCCGCUCUAUGCACCCCACCUCGCCAGCUGACAUCGAUCCUAAGGUCCACAGCAUCGUGGAAAGAGCUGUGAGAAGCAUUCUGGGCGAGCAGUCCAAUGAGCUCCGUAGCAACCUGCUCAGCCCAUCUCAGGUGGUGGUGGAGGUGGUGCCCAGGCUCCUCCUGGCCCUGUGGCUGCAGCCAGAGGAAGGACAUUCAGAGCACCCAAUCCUUAUAAGCGGGAUGGCCGUGGGCAUGGUGGCGGCCGUAGUAGAGAAGCUCUCCUGCAUGUUAAAGGACCCUUCCCCUCACAUCCCUUUCUCCCGGGCUGCUGCUUUUGACUCUGUGUGGUCGAUCCUCGGGAGAAUCAGUCACAGUCAGUCCUUCUCCACGGAUGACCUCCAGACCCCUUUUUAUAUGAGCUCUGUCUGUGCCUUUGUGGCGGACGAGGUGCAGAGCUGCUUCCAGCCCCCUGUAGCCACCCUAUCAGUCCCCCCUGUCCUCGCGGUGGCUGUUUCCACCACACUACCAGCUGGCAUCCAAGCAGACCCGGCUGCUUCCCACCUGGAGGUUGAAGACAUCACCCCUAACACAGAGGCAGAUCCGGCUUCUUCUCUCCUGAAUGUGGUGGACAUCACCCCUAAUACAGAGGCAGAUCCGGCUUCUUUCCACCUGAAUGUUGUUGACAGCACCCCUAACACAGAGGCAGAUCCGGCUUCUUCCCACCUGAAUGUGGUGGACAUCAUCCCUAACACAGAGGUAGAUCCUGCUUCUUCCAACCUGAUUGUGGUGGACAUCACCCCUAACACAGAGGCAGACCCGGCUUCUUCCAACCGGAAUGUGGUAGACAUCACCCAUAAUACAGAGGCAGAGCCCAUCUCUUCCCUCUUGGAGGUUGUGGACGUCACACCUGAAGAAAGGACUCUCACAAUGGCUGUCUUCGCCACUCUGCCAGCUGACAUCCAAGCAGAGGAUGUUGCUGUGUUCAUCCCGGAUGUCACCCCCACGUCACCAAGGACUUGA